AUGGAAGCCACGUGCUCCAGACUCGACGAUCCAACCUCCUACGACGAUUUUCUCCAGGCGUACCUGUUGCCCAAUCAGCCGGUGAUCAUCGGCCCAACUCUCGUAUCCUCCUGGCCUGCAUAUAAACUCUGGAGACGAGCAGGCGAUACAAUUAACUGGGCGUACUUGAAGGACGUGUACGGAGAUCUGGAUGUCACCGUUGCCGACUGCGCUACGCGCGAGUUCAGCGACCAACGACGCGACCAGAUGCUCUUCCGAGACGUCGUCUCCUUGUGGGAGGCGGGAGAAGGCCAGAGCUUAUACGUCAAAGACUGGCACCUUGCUCGCACUCUCACAUUGAAACUCCCUUCCUACGACGUAUUCUAUACGACCCCAGACAUCUUUCGCGACGACUGGAUGAACGCGUACUAUUCGGCGAAUACAGAAGACGACUUUCGGUUCGUGUAUGUCGGAGCCGCUGGGACGUUCACUCCCCUACAUCGGGACGUCUACACCUCGUACUCAUGGUCCACAAACAUCUGCGGGCGCAAGCGAUGGUGGCUGUUCCCCCCGGAGCAGACGCACCUCCUCUUCCGCAAAGGCGGCGAAGAACACCUGGAAACUGCUUUCGACGUCCGACAUGUCGACCCUGAAACGCAUCCCCUGUUCGACCAAGCGAGGCCUAUUAUUGUCGAACAGAACUCGGGAGAGACCAUUUUCGUCCCGAGUGGAUGGUAUCAUCAGGUGGAAAACCUCACAAACUGCAUAUCCAUCAACCACAACUGGUGCAACGCUGUGAACCUACCCUCCCUCUAUGCCUCCAUGUGCGCAAAAGUCCUCGAGGUAGAGCACGCCCUUGAAGAUGUUCGGGAGCUGCUCUCCCAUGGAUCCGCGCAGUCGCCGGAUACAGACCCAGAAGCGUGGAAGCAGGAGUGGGUCUCGAUCGUGCAGGAUGUCGUGGAGAAGGACGCAGGCUGGAACUGGAUGACGUUCUGGCGCAUGAUCCUACAUGCGUUACGCCUGGCUAUGGACAGGCCAUGUAGCGUCAACGACACGCUGUGGCCGCGCACUCCUUCUGAUCUCAUGCCGUCCCCGGACCUCAUCAAGACCCGGGUCAGGGCAUGUUACGAGGACUUCGUAAAACGCCCCGAGAAUGAGCAUACUCUUCUCGCUGGCCUUGAGGAAGUUCUCGUAGAUGUGAAGAGAUUGCUGGACGAGUAA